AUAAGAGAAGUAGCUCCUCUUUAAAAACCCCAUUAUCUCUAUAUCUUCUUCUCCUUGCCAUUUUUCUCUCUAUCAUCUUCUUCUUCUCCUUAACAUGGUUUCAUUCAUUGCAUUUUUCACUUUCCUGGUUCUUAUUAUCGUUAUUAUCACUAAUCAACCUCAGCCGACAGCAACCGUGGAUGAAGAUAUUGAACAAGAAACUCCUAUCCAGAAGUGUCCUUUACCACCUCGCCCUCCAACUGAGAGGCCGUCAUCGUCGCUAACACCUCCUGAGACACAAGUCCCAAGAAAUUCCCCAAACAGGAGGCGUAGUAAUGUAAACCCUGAAGCAUCAUCAUCCUCUUCUGGUCAGGACAAUGCGUUUCUUAACCUCGCUCCAAGACACUUUCAGGAGAGACGUAACACCCGGUUGGUACCCGAGCCGCACCAGAUGGAUGCGAUCAGCUGGGUUUCUCUGGGUUACUGUCUCAGCGCUGGCCUCGAGUUUAAUAGUAUCUACGCCCAAGUUAAUGAUCCCAGAAACUUAAGCCCACGGUUCAUACUAAUUUCCAUGCUAACUAUGAAUGCGUUGUGUUUACUAAUCGGAGCCAACGCGGUAUUAGCCCCAGGCCCGUGGCUAUUCAGUAAAAUAAGAAACACUGGCAGGGGCGGACCCACUAAUUAA